GAGAGAGAGAGAGAGAGAGAGAGAGAGUGAUCCUCUGGUGUUCCACAAAUGGUGAGGAAAAUAAUGUCAUGUCGCAGAUGAAAAAAGAAAAACAUUGUGUCAACACAAACUGUUCAACAGUUUAACAACAGGUCGUCCAAACUUCACUUAAACAAAUCUCAUCUCCCACUGGAGUGGGCAAAUAAGGAGUGAGUGAUGAGUGACUUUGUCUCUCCUCUUCUCAGCGAACUCUAAUCCACAAAUCCUUAUCGGGGGAACUAAGACUCUAUGACACAGUUAGUUAGUCUCAAUGCUUAUGGAUAACACUUGUCUUGCUAUAUUUUGAUAUUAUUUUAAUUCACAUCAAAUGAUCAAUCAAAUAACUUGGCUUCUGCUGUGAGAGGCCAGCUUCCAGAUCUUAAAAAAAGGAUAAAAGGAAAAUGGACUUGACACUACAUUAACAAGUGGAAAAGGUUAAACUGCAGAUCUGCUGCCAUGACCACUUCAACCACCCUUCCCCCCCUCACUGUGCCACAGCUCUCCACAGACAGUGAUGAGUCCAGCGAGGACGACCUAAGUGCGCCUGAAUCAAAUCGUCAUCGUCUGCUCAAUAUGAAUAACAGCAAUAACAAUGAAGAGGAGAAAAAGAAAAAAAGGAAAAAGGAGAAGAAGGAGAAGAAAGAAAACAAGAAGAAGGAGAAGAAGGAAAAGGAAGAAAAGGAGGCAAAAGAAAAAGAAGUGAAGGAAAAGGAAAAGGAGAAGGAAAAGGAGAAGGAGAAGGAGAAGGAGAAGGAAAAAGAAAAGGAGAAGGACAAAGAAAAGGAAAAGGACAAAGAUAAGCCUAAAGAAAUAUUUGUCAUUAAUCCUGCUGGGAAUUUGUAUUACAACUGGCUGUUCAUCAUCACACUACCAGUCAUGUACAACUGGACCAUGAUCAUAGCCAGGGCUUGCUUUGAGGAGCUGCAGCAUGACUACAUCAUGUACUGGGUUAUUCUGGACUACACUUCAGACUUCAUCUACCUGGCUGAUAUGUUCAUCAGGACCCGAACAGGUUACCUGGAGCAAGGCCUGAUGAUAAAAGAUAAGAAGCUGCUAGUUGAUCGCUACAUCGCCACCUUCCAGUUUCGUCUCGAUUUUAUCUCCAUGCUGCCCACUGACUUCCUCUAUUUCUUCCUCGGCCUCGACUACCCAGAGAUUCGCAUCAACAAGCUGCUGAGAAUCGGCCGCAUGAUGGAGUUCUUCACGAGGACGGAGACUAAAACCAACUACCCCAACAUCUUUCGCAUUGGUAACUUGAUCAUGUACAUCCUCAUUAUCAUCCACUGGAACGCUUGCUUCUACUUCUCCUUCUCCAAAUACAUUGGUUUUGGUGCUGAUGACUGGGUUUACCCGGCUCUGGAUGAUCCUGACGAGCCUGCGUUUGGGGAGUUUGGCAGGAAGUAUUCAUUCAGCCUCUACUGGUCCACACUGACCCUGACUACCAUCGGAGAAACUCCACCACCAGCCUUGGACUCAGAAUUUUUCUUCCACGUGAUUGACUUUUUAGUGGGGGUCUUGAUUUUUGCCACCAUUGUAGGAAACAUUGCCACCAUGAUCUCCAAUAUGAAUGCUGCCCAAGCUCAGUUUCAGUCUCGGAUUGACAACAUCAAGCAGUACAUGCAGGUCCGAAAGGUCAGCAAGGACCUUGAGUUGCGAGUCAUCAAGUGGUUUGAGUAUCUGUGGAAUAGUGGCAGAGCUCAGGAUGAAAGAGAGGUGAUGAGGUAUCUUCCAGACAAGCUAAAGGCUGAGAUUGGCAUCCAGGUCCACAUGGAGACACUCAAGAAAGUUCGUAUUUUUGCAGACUGCGAGGCAGGCCUGCUGAUCGAGCUGGUGCUCAAGCUGAAGGCGCAGGUUUUCAGUCCAGGAGACUAUAUUUGCAAAAAGGGCGAUAUUGGCCGUGAGAUGUACAUCAUCAAAGAUGGAAAACUUGCAGUUGUUGCUGAUGAUGGUGUCACACAGUUUGUUGUGUUGGGAAGCGGCAGCUACUUUGGUGAGAUCAGUAUUCUUAAUAUUAAAGGCAGCAAAGCAGGCAAUCGGCGAACAGCCAACAUCCGUAGCAUUGGAUACUCAGACCUCUUCUGCCUGUCCAAGGAUGACCUGAUGGAGUCACUGGUUGAGUAUCCGGAUGCCAAAGGCAUGCUGGAGGACAAAGGGCGGGAGAUCCUGAUGAAAGAUGGUUUGAUAGAUUUGGACCCAGCUAACAUCAUACCCGAGGCCAAGGAGUUGGAGGAGAAGGUUAACAAAUUGUACAACACGUUGGAGCUAAUGCAAUUCAAGCUGAAGAAGGUUCUGGGAAAUUACAAGAACACUGACAAGGCUCUGAGACAUCGCAUCGCAGAUCUGGAACAGCUAACAGGAGAAGAGGUGGAAGACGAGGAUGAGGAUGAAGGAGAGGGGAAAAAGGAAGACAAAAUGGUGGAAGGGGAGAAAAAGGAAGAAGAGGAAAAAGGCAAGGAGAUAAAGGAAGUCGAAGAAGAAGGUGAAGAGGAAAAGAAGGAAGAGGAAAAAGACGAGGAAGCAAAAGAUGAAGAAGAAAAGGUUGAAGGGGCAAAAGAAGAGGAGGAAAAAUAACUUGGACAAGUUGUUGAAAAUACUGUCACAAUAGUCUAACCCAGUGGUUUCCAACCUUUAAAAUAAAUUAAUGUCUGCUUGUGAUCCAUCUUUACAGGUUGGACAUAAAUUGUGAGAAGUUCAACCAAGAGUGAGUUUUCCUCAGGUGGUUGUUGGAAAGGAUUUUAAGAGGCCUGAAGAGGUGAACGUUUCUAGUAUUUCAAAGGAAAAUAGAAAAAUCUGACAAAACAACAACAUACUUUUGUUGUUGAGUAGAAUUAUCUGCAUGGUGACUGGUGAAUUUUUCUUGGUACCCAUUGAGGGGUGUCGAUCCCCAGGUUAGGAACCACUGGUCUAACCCAUUGGUUAUAAACAGUUAUUUGAAUGAAACAUUCUGUCAGUCUAGAGGAAAUCACUCGUUGGAGGAAUUGCAAACUUGCUUCUGAAACGUGACAAGCAGCCCAAACAAGACUUUGUCUGGUUUUUGGUUUUGAGCUACAGUGCAUAAACCUAUGACAAUAAAACAUCUGAAUCUUAA